UUAAUUUGAUUUCAAGAAUUUUUUUUUGUUGAGAAUUAUUAUCGUCUUUAUGGUUUUUACAUUGAAAUGAUGCAUAUAAAAAUUUCAAUCUCCAUUUAUUUUUUCAAAUUAUUUGAUUGAUUGAUUGUUGAUCAAUAAGUUUGAUGAUGAUGAUGAUGAUGAUAAUGUCCUAGGCAAUUAUCACAUAUUGUCAAUGUAUCAAAUUAUUUGGCAUUUUGUGCUGAUCAUUUCUUUUCUGCUGUCACAAAUUCUCGCAUAUAGUUUGCCAAUAGUGUCUAUGAUUCGUGUGUUUUUGAUCAUUGAUAAUGGUAAGAUCAUCGACUGAAAAUAUUGAUAUUGAAUUAUUCAAAGAUGAUUUCGAAAAAAUUGAUCAAGAAUUUCUCCAAUCCUUCAUUUCGAUUUUCAAAGCUACAUAUGCGUAUGGUAAAGAAAUAUGCUCAUGGUUAUCGUUGGAACAUGAUUGGACCAAACCACAACGGAUAUGGUGUAAAAAUGGUGUGAAAAUUGUUCAAGUAGAUUCUGGCCAUGGUUUUGUUGCCAUUCUAACUGAUGAUGGUCGAGUGUAUCUGGCAAGCAAUGAUUCUAAUUGGAAGACGAAUAAUACUUUCCGAUUAAUCAACACCGGUAAUGAUCGUUUCAAGAUGAUUGCUUGUGGAUGGCAUCAUUUAUUAUUGUUACGACAAGAUGGUCUUGUUUUCACUAUGGGUGAUAAUCAUUGGAGUCAAAUAACUGGCGAUGAAAAAUCCCCAUAUGAAAGUAUGAUCCACAUUGAUAACCUAGAAAAUGUCAAGCUCAUAGUUGGUGGAGGGCUUCAUAGUUUAUCAAUGACUAAUAAAGGAGAAAUUUAUUCCUGGGGCAGUAAUGGUUGGGGUCAAUUAGGUCUGGGUGAUGAAGAAGACCGAGGCAUCCAAUGUCUUGUUGCAUUUCCUAUUGCUAAUUCGAUCGAUAUUCACAUCAAAGAUAUUGUAGCUGGCAAGUAUCAUUCAUUAUUUUUAUUCGAAAAUGGUCAGCUUUGGGGAUGUGGUUCUAAUAGUGAUGGUCAACUUGGUCUUGGUGAUGAUAUUAAACGAUCAAAACCGACAAAAAUACCAAGAAAAUGUACAAAAAUUGCAUGUUCAAAAUUCGACAGUUUUUCAUUGGCAUACCGUGGGUCCUGGUAUUAUGCAUGGGGUAGAACCAAAUAUGGCAUAUGGUCAUCACCUAAAAAAUUGAAUAAUCCACAUUCAUCAUUUGCUUCUGCGUCGACAAUGAUUCUAUCAUCACCACACACAUUUGGUCUCACAUCAAUAAUCCAUGCAUUCGGAUCAUAUGAUUCACUAUCGUACAAAUCAAUCCUCCGAUUAUUCAAUAAUCAGCAUAAUUAUGAUGUGGAAUUUAUAAUUGACAAAAAAAAUAUUAAGGCGAGUAAAUGCUAUCUCAAAUCUGCUUCGGAAUAUUAUCGUCUAAUGUUUUCCGGUAAUUGGAUUGAAAAGAAUCAAGUAAUCAUCAACGAUUAUUCGUAUGAAACAUAUUAUGCCUACUUGCUUAUGUUACAUACGGGUAAAAUUUAUAUUAUUCGUCAAAAUAUAACCGAGCUUGUUGAUCUGGCCAAUCGUUAUGGUAAUGAAAGAUUGAUGGAAUAUUGUGAAUCAUUCAUACGGAAUGAUUUGGAUGAACAAACUAUGCCCACAUAUCUUCCAUUGAUUAAAAAAUACGAAAUGAAGAAAUUGCAUGAUAAACUCACUCAUCUUAUUAUCGAACAAGUGUUGCCCAAAAUUACCGACAAUCUUCUGCAAAACAAUGAAAAAUCUAUUGAAUUUCUCAAUCGUUUUUACGAUCAACAAUAAGUUUUUCAACGAAUGUGAAUCAUUAAUUCAGUUUUGUAAAAAAAUACAUACAUACAUGUUCAAAUGCAAAAAUCCUGUUUAAAAGAUUAAAAGAUUUUUUUCCAUCAAAUUUA